AUGGUCAACAUAUUCCAACGCUUCGCACGACACCGAGCGCAAAGCUCUGGCAAUAGCCCACCAGAACAUGGAGCAGAUUCCAAUGUACCCAAUACCGCAGAAUCUCAUCCCCAUGGAGCACAACGCUCGCUCAGCAUAAGCUCCGGCACUCGUGGCAGGCGAUACGAAGUUCCAACUCCGCGACACCUCAUUAUAGUUUCUGAUACAGCAGACUUCGACACUCAUGUCGUCCACCGCUUCCAGGCAGAAGGCUUCGACGUGAGCUACUUGCCCUUCCUCGGCAGUGGGGACGAUGACAAAGACCGCAAAGCUAUAGAGCAUGCAGUCCACGAGAAAGAGGACGAGCUCGAGACGGGUGAGCGGUAUGCGAUAGUCGCAUACCACCGCCCUGCCUACCUCCUCCUAGCCGCACACCACCUAGCAAACACCAAAACAAACCCAUUCCCCCGUCUAUGCGCCCUGAUAGCCUACUAUCCUCUCUCGUCGACAGACCAGUACACCUACAAACAAAAUGACGACUGCGCGCCGCCUGGCUGCUCAGAUACAAGUUGCAUCUUCGACCCAAUGCCCAAGUCAACCUUCCUCCCAAUCCAAAUCCAUCUACCCGGACCAAGAGUCCAGCCUUGCGCAGUGUGGCCGUGGAUAUCCCUCAGCAUCACAGAAGGCGACGUGACCUACAAGAAGAGACACCGGUGUCAUGUCUACGCAUAUCCAGGGGCCAAGGCCGGGUUUGGAGAGCGAGCAGUCCCCGAAGAGAAGAUAGGCGAGAUAGACGAGAAUCUGAAUGCAGACGACGAACUCACCUCGCAGCUGGCGUGGAGUCGGGCACUGGGAUGUCUAAAACGCGCGUUUAAUAUUGGGAGCCAUUGGGCGGUUGUCGAUAUCGAGACUGUCUGGGAAGAGUACUGGGACCGCGUGCUCGGGCAGCUAGAGAAGCGGAAACAGAAUCAUAGUCAAGACUAUGAGUCUGUGGUCGAUACGUUGACUGGACAUGGUCAUUACGGGGAGCUUGGGUGUCCUGCCGGUGAAGUAUACAUUAAUUGUGUUCCUACGAAGGCGGAAGGUACGGAUCGCAUCGUGGAUGAGAUGUUGUUCACUUGUCGACACACUGCUGAGAUUCCGUGGCUGUUACCUGGGGUUACGCCGACGGAGCGCAAUAUCAAGGUCGUCGUGAUUGUAGUGGCGAGCUUCUGCGCGGGCCAGAUUACACGCCAGAGUCUGUACUGGGAUCAGGCGAGUGUACUUGUUCAGGUUGGAUUGUUGGAUCCGGCCUUGGUGCCUUCUGCACAGCCUGUUACAUAG